GUAAACGGAAGUCGCGUGGGAAAGAAAAUAGUAAGGAGGCUCGUGCUACUCGGGCAUUCGUGGUUGGAAACCAUUUUGAGAAACAGUCGCCGUGUUGGUCUCAUGCCAUUGUUAAUCAAAGGAGGAGCAUUAAAACGGGUUCCAUCUUGUGUACGAGAUUUCUUUAAUAAAUACAAUCAUUUUAAGGAUGAGGUAGUUUCCAAAAGAAGUCAACCAGUAAGCAAGGUCGGAGCCCAGGGCUUGUUGUAUGUGCUACAGAGAGAGUAUGCAGGAACUGCACCAGAGGAUGAUGUGAUAUCUGUCCUGGGUUCUGAAGAUGCCACUACAUGCCACAUUGUUAUUAUAAGGCACACAGGUUCUGGAGCCACGUCUCUUGGACACUUUGAUGGCUGUGAUACUGAGAGGGCUGUCAGAGACAUGGUCAAGUUGGUCACAAACCUCUCAGAAGGAAAGAAGAGUGGAAGGAUUGAGGUACACAUGUAUGGUGGCUUUAUUGAUGACCGGAAUACCUCGGCAGAGCUGUCAUUAAGUUUGCUUGAUGCACUUCACAAACAACCAGAAGAUAUCCAUCUGAUGACUGCUUGCAUAACAGAUCUUAAUGAUGAAGUUAGAGGUGGAAUUCACUGGCCAGUGUUCUAUGGAGUGGCUGUCAACGUGAAAACUGGAGAGACUUUCAAAGCGUCGUUUCCUGACAAAGGUCCUGAUAUUCCCCUGAGGGCUGGUACCCAUUUUACAGGGAUGGAAGAGAUGAUGAACAUGUAUGACAUGGAAAGAAAACUUUUAAAAAUUGGUCCAUUUUCUUAUGGACCUUUUCCCUACAUUGACCGCUUACUGCUGCUACCAGAUGAGUACUACAGGAUGCAUCUCUCCACAUCUCCAGCCCAGGAACCUUCAGGCUUUGAAGCCGAUGUCAGGAAAACUUUGGAGCAAAUCAAAAACCACCCAGACCCCAUGAAAACAGUAUUCAUUGAUGGAAAACCUAGGUUCUACAAAAAGGAAAAGGAUGGUAACUGGGUCAGGGUUGACGGAUGAAAACCUAGAAUGUGUUUCGUUGAAAUGGUUUCCUACUUACAUUAGUGUUAAAUUAAUUCUAUAUGGAAUUUCAGAUAAUUUUUCUCUGAAGUGAAAGUGUACAGUGUGCAAUAUAUGAAGUUUUCAUUCCAAAUUAACUUUUGACAUCUGUUAUUUGCCCUGUCAACUGUAUAUUCUGUGCUGGUUUUAAAAAAAUAUGUUUGCAUUACAUAUAACUUUUUGUUCAGCAGAAAACCUCAACAUUAAUUUACUUUUUCUGUUUACAUUCAUUGACAAGGGAUAAGUGAAUUUUAUAAUAAUGCAAGUUUUGCUGGCAAAUAUUUAUUAUUCAAAUUGGAGUUUGAAGUUAUGUUUCUCUUAACCAUGUAUUAUGUUCUUAGUGUGUGGUGUUGGAUAAUAUAAUGAAGUCCAUAAUGUUGAUUUUGCAUACAAAACAAUUGUUAUUAAAUAACUAUAAAUAAUUUUUGAUAACUGUUUUUGUCUGUGUUGCUCAUACUGAUUUAAUGUGAUUUUUGUCACUGAGUGUAGAAUAAUGCUCAAAUAAUAUCAAUAAAUGAUCA